GCUCCGCCCUGCGCCCUCGUCACUUCCGGUUAAAUUCAUUUCAGCACAUUUUAUUUAUUGUGGAAUAUAUAUUUGUAUCUCUCGUCAUUGAUGUGGCUUAUUUUAUGACAGGGACUUCAAAACACUUUGUUUAUCCAACAGUUGUCAGUUUUAAAUAGCUCACUGAACAAACUGAGCAGCAUCCAGUUAUGGAGGAGGAGAUAGUGGAGACACCAGAGGAACAGAUUGCGAAGCAGCACCGCAAGGAAAAGAAAGAUAUGCAAGCUAAAAUCCAGAGCAUGAAAAAUGCAAUCCCCAAAAACGACAAGAAAAGGAGGAAACAGAUGACAGAGGAGAUUGCAAAAAUAGAGGCUGACCUCAACGAGAAACAUGAGGAGGAAUUGAUGCAAUUCAAAUCUACAACUGACACAGAGGUGGAAGAUGCGGUAAAUGGAGUGGAGACCAUGAAGAUGGAGGGUGAAAAAGAAGAAGAAGAAGAAGGAGAAGAAGAAGAGGCCAAACAGCCACGUCUAACAAAGGCCCAGAAGAGAAGGGACAAGAAGGCUGCGCAGGAGAAGGAGAGGGAGAGCAGGAUAGCAGAGGCCGAAGUGCAAAACCUGCAGGGUGUCAGGCACCAGGAGGGUUUGAAGCUGGCUCAGAAACUCGCCGCUCAACAGCUUCAGAUCAAAGAGAUCUCUUCUGAUGGCCACUGCAUGUACCGUGCCAUUGAAGAUCAGCUGGCACAGCGAUCAAAGCCUGCGUUGAUCAUGAGUGUGAAAGAACUGCGGUCCCGCACUGCUGAGCGCAUGAGAGGCCAUGCCGACGACUUCCUGCCUUUCCUCACCAACUCCAACACUGGUGACAUGUACACAACAGAUGAGUUUGAGAAAUACUGCAGUGACGUGGAGCACACAGCAGCUUGGGGUGGACAACUGGAAUUGCGAGCUUUGACCCAAGUUCUUCACACGCCAAUGGAAGUGAUCCAGGCCGACUCCUCGCCUAUAAAAAUUGGGGAGGAAUUUGAUAGUAAACCCAUCACCCUUGUCUAUAUGCGUCACGCCUAUGGACUAGGAGAGCACUACAAUUCUGUGGAGCAGCUAAAAGACCCAGCCAACGCAGAGGACAGCUGAGGGACAGCUCAGUCUUUGUUGGGACAUACACCCCAUGUGUGUAAUGCAGAGAGUGUUCAAACCACUCACACCAAGGGCCCCUAAAUACAGAUGUAUUUGGAGGGAAACACCCCCCCAACCCCUCCAUCCUCAUUGAAGACCAUGUUAAGAUGAGGUUAACAGAGAAUGUUGCUGUUUUCAGAAUGAGUUCAUCACAUAGUGGUACGUCUCAGAAGUCAAAAGAUAUCAGCGGGCCGAGUGAAAUCUAGUUCUCCAAGCAGUAUCACUGUGCUAAUGAAAAAAUGAUUUUACACUGGACACCCUUUGUCUAUCACAAUGACCCCCGUAGUUCACUUCAGCCCAUUUUGGGAAGCAAUGGUGUACCACGUACUUUUUUUCUAUCCAAAAUGGCCAGGAGAUGAUGUCACUUCAUAUGUCAACAGAGUCAGUGAGGGGUUGAUGAACAUUUGUAGUGUUGGAUGAACUGAAUUGUGGAACUUGUAAAUCAUAUCAAUGCUACAUAAACGCAUACAAUAC